AUGAACAGCGCUGGACAAGGUGGGCAAGAUGCACAAUUUGGACAAAGUGGCCAAGUUGGGCAAGGAGGACAAUUUGGACAAGCUGGACAGGGUGGACAAGCUGGACAGGGUGGACAAGCUGGACAGGGUGGACAAAGUGGCCAAUUUGGACAAGCUGGACAGGGUGGACAAGCUGGGCGGAUGCAAGGUGGACAAGGUGGAUAUAACGGUAAUCAAUUUAACCAACCUGGACAAAGAUACCAGGACAAUCCCGAUAAUAACCAAGAUGCUCAACCAACGCAUUACCCACCUCCUUUAGGUAGAUAUCAUGACAACAAAGAAGAUGAAAGAAACAAGAAUCAUGCUAUUCCAGGCUUCCAAGCGCCAUUUUAA